UUCAGCUGUGGGGGGAGACGGAGUGAUGCGCAAAGACGCGCAGCAAUGAGUAUCUACAUCUCCAAUACUCCAGGACCAAAAUGAAAUGUAUUUAUUAUCUACCGACUGUUCCUUCGCUUGUUUCUCCUCUCUGGCUGAGAUGCCUGCAUGUUUUAGGGAUUUAUGCGGAAUAACAAGUCUCUGUGCCAAUAUGCCCUGUUGGACAUUGGUAUUAUUCAUUCAAGAGUCCUAUGGAAUAUAGUCUGCUUUAUCACCCUUCGCAACAGGUGAAAAAUAAACUUUUUGUCUUCUGCAUAAUGCUGUCACUCUGGGUGUACAUGCUGUACUGCUGCGUGGGUUACUGCUCCACGAUACCCACUUUCAUGUUGGAAGAAAGGAGCAGGAGGAUACAGGCACCCAGACCUCUCCAAAACCAAGACAUGUUCGUCAAAACGCAAUCAAGGGGUUUGUUAAAUAACGAGAGCGAUUCGGACAGCAGAGGAGAUGGCUGGGAGGAAAAUAAAGGCGAAAUGACAUACGACGAAGACUCUGAAGUGACAGGUGCCCUGAACGGGACCGAGAGCAAAAAGUUGCCCCAAGCGAUUAUUAUAGGGGUGAAGAAGGGAGGCACGCGGGCGCUGCUGGAGUUUCUGCGCCUUCAUCCGGAUAUACGCGCGGUCGGAGCAGAACCGCACUUCUUUGAUCGCAACUAUGAAAAAGGACUCGAGUGGUACAGGGAACUAAUGCCGAAGACAUCGGAGAGUCAGCUGACCAUGGAGAAGACACCGAGCUACUUUGUAACCAAGGAGGUGCCGGGCCGGAUCCACGCCAUGUCCAAAGACACCAAGCUGAUAGUUGUGGUGAGAGACCCCGUAACCCGGGCGAUUUCAGACUACACGCAGACUCGCUCAAAGAAACCCGACAUCCCUUCCUUUGAGAGCUUGACUUUUAAGAACAUCACAGCAAAUCUAAUAGACACAUCAUGGAGCGCCGUCCAGAUCGGCAUGUAUGCUAGACAUCUGGAACGGUGGCUGCAGUUUUUCCCUCUGGAUCAGCUCUUGUUUGUGAGCGGGGAGCGUUUGAUCAUCGACCCCGCCGGCGAGAUGGCCCGCGUCCAGCACUUUCUGGGUUUGAGGAGGGUGGUCACGCACAAACACUUCCACUUUAACCCCGCCAAGGGCUUUCCCUGCCUGAAAAGACCCGAGAGCAACAGCAAGCCGCACUGCCUGGGCAAAACAAAAGGCCGCACGCACCCGAACAUCGAUCUGGAUGUGAUUCAAAGGCUGAGAGACUUCUACAGACCUUUCAAUAAAAAGUUUUACCGUAUGACUGGCCAUGAUUUCGGCUGGGACUAGGAUUUUUUCGAGAACACUUUUUUUAGGAGAUAAUUAAUUGUAUAAAGUAUAGAAGUCUAUUUUAUAAUAAUUUAUUUGAAAGUAAUAUACUUACAGGGCUGCCUAUCAAGUGUUGUACAUAUUGUAAGUUUCUACCUUUUACAUUUCACAGUCGAAUCUGUAAGCUUGAUCAUUUUUGUAUUUUGCAUGGCACAGGAAUAUAAAAGAAGGGAUGUGUUUUACGAAAAAGCACAAUAAUUACAGGUAUACUGAUUCAUUCCAUACAUCAAAUAGGCCAUAUUUUUAGUUUAAUAAACAUUCACAGACAUCACACAACUCCUGGCCGGAGCUGCACCGGAUCCACACCAAAGUCGUUCGCUUCACCGUGGAUCCAGUGCAGAUCCGGCCCGCAGUCUUCUGCUUUCUGGGUUGUUUAGCAAGAUUGUAUCUCUUUUACAACAUGCCACCACAUCGUCCUUUUCACUGUCAGAUCUAUUUAAAGGGAAAGUAUUUUGUUUUAGCUGUUCAGCUUCUGAUGGAUCAGUAAACAACAAGCUAACACCUCAAUGAUGGCAGAAAAUGCUCUGGCAUUGAUCUUUAUGACACAAGCAGUACUUUAAACAUCAUUAAAAGCAAUAAAACAUUAUUCUUCAAGAUGUUCCUGAAGUUUCAAAUGUGGCAGCAAUUGUUACUGUAUUACAGCAGUGCCUAAACCUCUGAUAAUUUCUCUAUGAUCAUCGAUUUUGUUAUAUGAGGGCCUAUGAGAAUAAAAAAAAUCCCUUUGCAGUUACACAAACAUCUCUCUUUCAUACUAAAUGUAGGACUUUUAUAAAACAUCUGUUUCGUAAUCUGAAGGCCUUUUUAGUAUGAAUGAUCUGUGAUGGUCUUUGUCUGCUUAAAUCAAUUCAUUACAUGAGUUUUUACAUGAAUUACAAAAUUAUUUUACUAUAAUGGUUGAGUUUUAUUCAGCCCUUAUGUACUUUCAAAUGCUGGUGUUUUGUAUCUGGCACAAAUGUCUCCCAUAUGUUUUUAUAAUGGAUGGGAUAAAGUGUGUACAAAAUGAUUGGACUUGUGUCUGUUUCUAACUUCAGUGGAGCUAGACAAUAUUACUGCGCAGUGAUAAAAUAAAUCUAUUUUUACCAGA